GUACCAACGCUAUUCGUCUCUUCGCCCUUUUGUUCGCAAGUAUGUCCCCACCUCUUCCCGUGUUCUCAUGGUCGGCUGCGGUAAUGCCGUUAUGUCGGAGGAAAUGGUAAAGGACGGGUAUGUGGAGAUAGUGAAUGUUGACAUAUCAUCAGUGGCUAUUGAUAUGAUGCGAAAAAAGUAUGAACAUGUAGGUGAACUGCAAUACAUGCAAAUGGAUGUUAGAGAUAUGAGCUUAUUUCCGGAUGAUUCAUUUGAUAGUGUCAUCGACAAAGGAACUCUUGAUUCAUUAAUGUGUGGUACGAAUGCUCCAAUUAGUGCUUGUCAAAUGCUAGGUGAAGUGAACAGGAUUCUGAAGCCUGGUGGAGUCUAUAUGCUGAUAACUUAUGGUGAUCCCACAGUGAGGAUGCCUCAUCUGAAUCGACCUGUGUACAGCUGGAACAUUGAGCUAUACAACAUACCUAGACCUGGAUUUUACAAGCCAGACUCAACCCCUAGUUUAAGGUCACAUUUGGAACCUGUGCCUUUGACUGAGACGGGCUUAAUUUCUGCUGAUUAUGUUAUGGAAGAUCCAGAUUCACAUUUUAUAUACAUCUGUAAAAAGCCACCAAGCGUUACAUAUGAUUCAGGGUAAACUUCUUCUGGCUGCGUUGGCUAGCAACAUAAGUUUUUCUUCCAUUUAUACCAUCUGUAGUAUCUAUAGUAGCGUAUGUAAAAAAUAUGGCUUGGGUAAGAGAUGCUGGAAAUAAAGUUCCUAUAGUAUUCUCAUUGUGUCUGUUAUAUUUGAUGAUGAAAACGAUAAGGAAAAAGAAGUGUGGGAUUACUUGUUUGGUCCAAUCCGUUAAGUGCGGGGCAGUGGAAGUGCAAAUAUUAGAAUGUGUAAUUUUGCAUUUUUGCUAUAUAAAUGUUAUUAUUUUUCCAUUAUGUUCUUACUUUUAUUCCUUUUUGUGAACCACAUAUUCG